AUGGAGACUACUCUUAUAUUAGAAAAUGAAAGUGAAGUAUAUAAUACUGAUUUUUUACAACAACUAAAAUCCCCGAUAUCUGAGACUUCAGUAUUAAAUAAUGGUACUUCCUCCUCAUCAUCAUCUGAUGGUGAUACUACAACGAUAUUUAGUGAUGCUAUAAGUUUAAAUACUGAUGAAAGAUGUGGUUCAACAAAUACUAUCCUAAGUGAAGAAGAUACUAAUAAAUUAAAUGAACUUUCAUUAGAGAAUGAUAUUUUAAAUUGGACAACAACGGCAACCACUGUUUUAUCAGAAGAAGAAAUUAAAAAAAAUGAAUUUUUAAAUUUUAUUGAUCCAUAUCCAAGGAAACCACCAUCAUAUAAUAAAAUCAAUCCAAAUAAAUCAAUAAGAUAUCCAAUAUUUGAAAAUAAUAAACCUUGUUUAUUAAACGAUUUACCUCCAAGUUAUAAACCAACUGUUGAAAAUUUUACAAUAGUUUCAAUUAAAUCAGAAUAUUUAUCACCUUAUGAACCAUCAACUAACAGGAAUUGGAAAAAUUUUAUUAUGGAAAUUAAUUCAACACAAUUAAAUUUUUAUUAUAUUGAUUCAUCUUUAACUCAUAGAAUUAAAAAUUAUUCAAAUGGCUAUGAUCAUAAUUAUACUAAUAACCCACUUCAUCAUUUAGAUAAUUCAAAUACAUCAAAAUUCUUCUCUUUUAAUCAUAAAAAUACUUAUGAUUUUAAUAAAUAUGAUCAAGAACAUAUUUGUUAUAAUAUUCAACGUUACAAGAAAAAAUUUAUUAAUCAAGAAAAUUUAUUUAAAUCAUUUUCUUUACAAUUUGCAAAAUUUGGUAUUCCAAUUGAUUAUAAUAAGAAAACUUUUGUAUUAAGAAUGCGUUGUGAAUCGGAACAAUUUUUAAUUAAUUUUGCUCAUGUUGAUGAUAUGAUUAAUUGGACAACUUAUUUAAGUAUGGGUAUUUCUGUCUCCUUGGAUUUAGAACUUCGUGAUAUGCCAGAUUAUAGAAUUGUACCAAGAAGACGUAGAAGAAGACAUAGAAGACAUGGAAAUAAUCGUCAUCUUUAUGGGUUUGGAAGCACCAAUAACAAUAACAAUAACAAGCAUAAUACAUUUAUGACAUCAAGAAGAACAAGAGAUAUUAUGACAUCUCAUCUUUCAGAUUCAGCAUUUAGUACAUUAUCAGAAAAUUCAUCAAGAAGAAGUUCAGUUCCAAAUAGUAGGAAAAGUUCGAACGCCUCCACAACAUCUCAAACUUUAGAUCGAUCAUUUAGCACAUUAAGUUUAGAAUCUUCAAUGAGAUCAAUAAACCGUGUUUCAAGCAGAAGAGGCUCAAGUGUAAAUUUACAAGAUUCUCCUUAUAAUAUUAUUAGUAAUAACGGUAACACAUCCUCUUCCUCCAUUUCAACUUCUUCGUCAUCUACUAAUUUGAAAUCAAAACUUAAGGGACUCUUUAAAAUUGGCUAUACCCCUAGAAAAUCGGUCACAAGUCAACCAUUACCACAACCGUCAACAACAGCAACAGCAACACCUAUCAGUAUUCCUUCAUCUCCAACCUCAACACAAAUCAAUGCUCUUUCCUUUAUAGCAACAUCUGUAUCCCCAACAAAUACUACCCCAAAUUCCCCUGUUAUGAGAUCUGGUAGUUUUAAAAUUUAUUCCACAGCAACAAGUUUGAAUUCCCUUAUUGAAGAUGAAGAUGAAAGUGCAGAGGAUUGCUCUCUUCCGGGUGGUAUGCAAUUUUCUAGAACCCAUAAUUCAAGAUUAAGAUCAGCUUCUUCUCCAUUGUACCAUGCAGCUCAUAUGAAGAUUCCAACUCAACCAAAUGAUUACAGUAACAUCUGUCCCAACGACGUCUCAAAGUCUCCAAAAUGUUCUAUUGUCACUCAUGAUUGCAGAAAUAAAUUAGUUCAAAGAAAUAGCAUUAUUUUACAACAUGAAUUAGAUGAACUCCAGGAAGUCCUAAGAGAGCAUCAGGAAUCAGAUACAGAUGAGGAAGACGAUGAAGAUGAUACCUUUGACGAAAUUUCUCAACCUUUGGUUUCAAACCAAAAUUAUACUCGUAUGGAUUCAGUUUAUUCUGAUGAAGGUAUUUUCCAUGAUUCAGACGCUGAAGAACAAGAAUAUUAUCCAAAUUAUAGACAAAGAGCAUCUUCUUUGAUGAGUUCAUUAUCCUAUGGCGUUACUAACGAUGAAGUCAAAUGGCAUCCUCCAAUCAGUGAAGUUUCAAGAAAAAGACAGAUUAGAAACUCUUUGCGUUGUAUCAGACCAUUCUUGGAAGAUAAUGAAUGGGUUGGAUAUGUCUGUUUUAAACCUGCCAAGUCCCCAGCUUAUGAAACUAAUAACAAACCAAUUACAUAUACAGGAAAAGGGGGUUCAAAUAAGGGCAGAAAGAGUGCUACUAGUGUGCAUCGUACAGCUGAUUAUUCCAAUAUGAAAAAUCAUUAUCUGGAGUCCUUUGUGGUUGGUCCGGUAGAUUUUAUUAAAGCUGAUACUCCAACAGUUCGUCGUAUUAGUGGAAUUAAAAACAAGAAGAAUAAAGAUGAUGACGUAGAAUCUAGACUAUUGUUAGCUUAUGGGUCUUAA